AUGAAUAAGUAGUAGGGAGAUUCCAAAGUUUAAUAAAGAAACUUAGAUUAAGAAUAAAAACCUUUAAUAAAAGAAGAAGAAACUGAAUAGAUAGAUAAGAAGGAUUUAGAAAAGAGAUAAGCCUCUUCUUUACAUAUUUUGAAUAAGCCUAGUUUAUCUGGCUUUAAAUAUGAUGAAUUCCCUAUGACUUCAAUAGUCUUGCAUCUAACAUUUUUUAUAAUGCUGGCUAUUUAUAAAUUUGCUGAAACAAAUGUAGGACCAAUGGGUAUUAUCAUUACAUUUUUCUAUAUAGGCAUUCAGAUAGAAUCAUUAUUUGGAGAUAUUCCAAAUUUUUUCAAAAUAAAGCCAGUUUUAAGAGAUAUAACUCCCAUUUUAAAAUAAUGGAAAGAAAAGUCCGUUGAUCUUACUUAUGAUGUUAUAUCUUAUCAUUAUUAAUCUUCUAGAGUACAUGGUUAAAAAAGAAGAAGUAAAUCUUUUUCCUCCUCAGAUUCUGUUAAGCUUGAUUACUUAACUUGUGAGGAUGUCACUGAAGAUUGUUCUGAAAUAUUUAAAAAGUACAAUAUUUUUGUAAUAUACAGCUCAAUUAUGUUCACUUAUGGUAACUAAAAAGCUGAAUAAGAAAUAACUAAUAAAAUUAAGACAAUUAAAGAAGAAUAGUAAAAACAAGAUAAAUAUGUCGAUGACAAAAUCAAUAUUUAAUUAAAGGAUAUCUAAAAUGAAGUUGUAGAUUUAGUUUAUGCUAAAUCUGGCUCAAUUUUUAUUAACAAAUUUUUCUUCUGGCUUACUUCGCUUUUACUUUUAACAGUACCCUACAGACUUUACGUAAACAGCUAAACUGCUCAUCUCUAAUAUAAAAUCCACAAAAAAAUUUAUGUCUGA